UUAUUUCCGUUAUUUCUGUCCUUCUGUUGAUUUCCCUCUCGUUCUCGUUCUCGCUUAUAAUUUUGCACGUGUUACACGAAAUUCGCGAAUCUAAUUUUUUCUGAUUGAUCCGUCAAUCUACUUGAAGAAUCUUCAAUAUCUUCGUGGGGGACGGUCCCUUUCACGAAGAUCGACGUUUUUCGCGACGGCGAAGUCGAAGAUGCACCCGUCGCGGGCGUCGGUGGCGAUGGUCUCGCGACGACGGCGAUGGUGAUGGUUGUGGUGGUGGUGGUGCUGGUGCUGGUGAAGAAGAGGAAGAAGAAGAAGAGGAAGAAGAAAACGGAAUAUAUUGGUGGGGGCAGCUCUUCUCUACUCCCCAGAACUCUAUUGGUGGGGAUAAGGCAACACUCAAAGAUUGUGGUGACGUAGUUCUGGCAGGAACGCGAUGCGUUUUUGCUCACGUAUCAAGAAAAGAGGACUUUACUACGCUUCAUCUGUACCUUAUAAAUAAUUGACACUUUUGGGAAAGAGGAAGAAAAAGAACAGACGGAAGUAAAGAAAGAGAGGAGAAAGAAGAGAAACAUCAGGUACUUUGACAGACAAAGAGGAGAAGGAAGAGGGAGCCAGCGGGUGCGUGAGAAGGACAGAGGGUGGCUGGGGAGGGGGAAAAAGAGGGGAGUAAGUGGUCCAAGGGACCGGAAGUCAGUGCUCCUCUUCCGGGUCUUUCUUGAAUCGCGAGCUCCUUUUUCGCGGUCUCAAAGACAUGUCUCUUCCAACGAAGGAUAUCUCCGAUCGCCCUCAAGCAUUUUCAGUGCGAUACGAUCAUGAAGAUCAAGUGUUCACCGCGAUCGUCAUGGCUGCGUAAUCUCGGCAUCUUCGCUUUGCAAAACGUGUCGAGAAACGCAACAUCAAGAAUAAUUCUUCGAUGAACGAAGAAUUAAGGACGAACAAUUUUGCAAGUACAUCUGUAAGCAAUGAUCAUCAACGUUCUUCAACGCUUCUGUAUCGAGCCUGAAGAAAUAUGUUCCAUCCAAUCAAAAAUGAUCUGAAUCAAUGAGGGUUUCAAAAAGAAUCAGCGGUAUUUUGUGUGCGAUGAUCUACGUUGCAAUGUCGAGUUUUACUGGACCACACGAUAAGGGAGUUGCGCGGUAGAGGGGACAGUGCAUACAGUUUGCGUGCCAAUCUUUGGCCACGAGGUGCAUUCGGAACUGAAGAAUACGUACUGGUGAACUCGCGGUGGUUCGCGGUCGACUCGUCUUUACAGCCGGACACCGCACCGGUGCGCUCACACGAACACCACCGUCGCAAUCGACUAUUUCAUCGAUCGUCAGUGCGUAGAGCGGACAAAGGAAACGGUCCUAAUCGGUGAUCGAUUCGAGGGUGUUAUCAGGUGCGAAGGGAAUGGAGAUGCGCCCCGUUCUCGUGGCGAUCUGCCUUCUCCUCGUCACCCCCAUCACCGGCUCUUUCUGGACUGUAGGAAGCCAGCUGGUGAUGGAUCCGAUGCUGGUCUGUAAGAAAACAAGACGUCUGAAGGGAAAGCUAGCUGACAUUUGUCGUAAGGAGCCAUCUUUAUUGAAAGAAAUCGCGAAGGGUGUUCAAGUAGGUACUAGGGAAUGUCAAUACCAAUUUCGAAAUCGAAGGUGGAACUGUACAACCGUCAGGAGGUCUCUCAAGAAAAUUCUGCUACGUGAUACGCGAGAGACGGGUUUCGUGAACGCCAUCACCGCCGCUGGAGUUACUUAUGCGGUUACCAGAGCCUGCACUAUGGGUGACCUCGUGGAAUGCUCCUGCGAUAAGAUGACGUCGAAGGGUAAUCGUCUGGCUAAAUUUGCUCGUACGAUCGAAGCGAAGAAAAGUUUGCCGACGGAAGGGGACUGGGAAUGGGGAGGAUGCGGCGAUAACGUAAACUUUGGCUUUAAAAAAUCCCGGGAAUUCAUGGAUGCACCAUAUCGUAAAAGAAGCGAUAUUAAAACGUUGGUAAAGCUUCAUAAUAACGACGCCGGUCGUCUGGCCGUACGCAACUUCAUGAGGACCGAAUGCAAGUGCCACGGGCUGUCUGGCUCCUGCACGGUGCGCACUUGUUGGCGCAAGAUGCCACCGUUUCGGGAAGUUGGCAACCGCCUGAAGGAGUCCUUUGACGGCGCGGCCAAAGUCAUUCCCAGCAACGACGGCCAUAGUUUCAUUACUGAGGGUCCCACGAUCAAGCCGCCCGGUAGAUUCGACUUGAUCUACAGCGAAGAUUCGCCAGAUUUCUGCAAGCCGAAUAGGAAGACUGGCUCCUUAGGGACGACAGGUCGUCAAUGUAAUUCGACUAGUCCUGGGGUCGAGGGCUGUGAGCUCCUCUGCUGCGGUAGAGGCUACGACACCAGAAUCGUCAAGGAGAAGGUCAAUUGUCAGUGUAGGUUCCGGUGGUGUUGCGAGGUCACGUGCAAUACGUGUCUUGUCAAGAAGACCGUCAACACUUGUCGCUAGUGUCGACGUAAGUGAAAAACUUGUAUCGAUAUAUGAUAGUGUUGAGAAUCGAGUUGAUGCGAUAGUUUGUCCUGCAUGUGUUAGUGGAAGAUUAGAGUGAAGUUGAGGAGACAAUGAAUGAUUUAUAUUUUUUGCGCAAGUCCUAUUGACGUGUGCCAUAACGAUGGACUAGAAAACUAUAUAAUUGAAGAGUUUCGUAGAGUUUUAAAAGUUCUAUAGAGUUUUGCAGAGAACUGCGAUGUUAAAAUAUAUUUUUAUAACAAUGGGAGGAGUAGGUUAUCGAGCUUUCUCUCAUUUGUUUUUUAGUAAUUGCUGAAAAACGUUAAUAAAUUAGUUUUUAUUAGCAUUCAGUGUGUUCUGAGAUUGUUCAGUGUCGAUGUUUAGCGCGAUUGAAACUUUUCGACUUCUAUCGUUGCCAUUGACUCAAUCGUCUCUUUCUCUCGACACGUUCGUGAUAUACGCCUUAUUACGUAAUAGCAUUUGUAAUAUAUCAAUUUCUAGAAUAUGACUUGAUCGUGAAUAUUCACUGACGAAUAUUCAGACGAUAUGUGAUUUACAAUUUAUCGUGAUCACACAGGGCUGGAUUAAAUCUAGGUUAGCGAGAAAUACGUAUGUAAGAUUUCUGAAGAGAUUUAUUGUGCGUGACGUGUGUAAACGCGAGAAGUGGGAUUAUAUAGGGACGUCAGUAGUACAUGCGCGAGCCAAGUCAGACGCGAAUCGCGAAUGUAGCUAGGCGCGAUUUAUCGUGUUUUACAAAAAAAUAUAUAUCUUUGACUAUAUAUCUAUGAAUUGCUGAUGAUCAUAAAACUGGAAAUUUUGAACACAGACCCGUAUAUUUAUUUUUAUAUUUGACACAAAGCGUGGCAAUUAUCAAUGCUGGCGAUAUAGAUUGUGGUCAAAGAUUUUUAUUGUUAUAUAAUCAGGGCAGGUUCUUGUUGCCUUCUAGACUUUUGUUAUGCGCGAUAUAAGAUUGCUACUUUCU